GCGGAGACCUACAGGGGCCAAUGCUGAGCCCCAGGAGCGCGGCUGCCGGGGGCGCGCAGGGAGGGCGGGCCGGGAAAGGGGGAGUGUCUGCUCGCCGCUGCUGCCGCYGCCGCCACCGCCACCACCGCCGCCACUACUACGGCUGCCACCGCUGUUGCCUGGGAGUUCGCUGAAGCCCUUUCCUCAGAUCCGGCCGGUUCUGCCCGCCUGGACUCCGGGCCCCACCGACCGGCGCAUUCAUCGCUCUGACGGGUGCARAAGCGGGAGUUGCCUUGGUCUGUGGAGCGGCGGGGCGGCCCCAGCCCCUCUUCCCCUCCCUGACCCCUUCUUGCCAUCGCCCCAAUCAUGGGGAACGCGGCGACCGCCAAGAAAGGCAGCGAGGUGGAAAGCGUGAAGGAAUUUCUAGCCAAAGCCAAAGAAGACUUUCUGAAAAAAUGGGAGAAUCCACCCCCGAAUAAUGCUGGACUCGAGGAUUUUGAAAGGAAAAAAACCCUUGGAACAGGUUCAUUUGGAAGAGUCAUGCUGGUGAAACAUAAAGCCACUGAACAGUAUUAUGCCAUGAAGAUCUUAGAUAAGCAGAAGGUUGUUAAACUGAAGCAAAUAGAGCAUACUUUGAAUGAGAAAAGAAUAUUACAGGCAGUGAAUUUUCCUUUUCUUGUUCGACUGGAGUAUUCUUUCAAGGAUAAUUCUAAUUUAUACAUGGUUAUGGAAUAUGUCCCUGGGGGUGAAAUGUUUUCACAUCUAAGAAGAAUUGGAAGGUUCAGUGAGCCCCAUGCGCGGUUYUAUGCAGCUCAGAUAGUGCUAACAUUUGAGUACCUCCAUUCAUUAGACCUCAUCUACAGAGAUCUAAAACCUGAAAAUCUCUUAAUUGACCAUCAAGGUUAUAUCCAGGUCACAGACUUUGGGUUUGCCAAAAGAGUUAAAGGCAGAACUUGGACAUUAUGUGGUACUCCAGAGUAUUUGGCUCCAGAAAUAAUCCUCAGCAAGGGAUACAAUAAGGCAGUGGAUUGGUGGGCAUUGGGAGUGCUAAUCUAUGAAAUGGCUGCUGGCUACCCACCAUUCUUCGCAGAUCAACCAAUUCAGAUUUAUGAAAAGAUUGUUUCUGGGAAAGUUCGAUUCCCAUCCCACUUCAGUUCUGAUCUCAAGGACCUUCUAAGGAACCUGCUCCAGGUGGAUCUGACAAAGCGAUUUGGAAAUUUAAAAAACGGUGUGAGUGAUAUAAAAACUCACAAGUGGUUUGCCACAACAGAUUGGAUUGCUAUUUACCAGAGGAAGGUUGAAGCUCCAUUCAUACCAAAGUUUAGAGGCUCUGGAGAUACCAGCAACUUUGACGACUAUGAAGAAGAAGAUAUCCGUGUCUCUAUAACAGAAAAAUGUGGAAAGGAMUUUAGUGAAUUUUAGAGAGGAACAGGAAACCGCCAGAGCUUACACUCAAUCUUUACGCUCUGUUGAGAUAUAAGGUGGAGCUGAGACCGUCCUUGUUGAAGCAGUUACCUAUUCCUUCAUUCCAGCRACUGAGUGAGGUCUUUAUUGCCAUCACCCCUGUGUGCUCUCUGCAUCCACCUCUGUAAUAAGGCACCRCUAAGCAAGCAUUGUCUGUGCCAUGACACAGUAGAGACCACUUCCCUACUUUUUGGGUUGUCUUUCUCCCCCUCCUACAUCCAUUUCUUCCUUUUCCUUAGUUUUUCUGUAAACAGUGCUCCAUUUUAUUUUGGUGGUAUCUUAGAUGGGCAGUGUUAUGGUCAUGUGAUAUUUGGAAGAAAGGAUAAGUGUUGCUUUUAGUGGAUUUUGCCAAUAUUUUAUUGGUCAGUGGCUUCAAGACAAACUUUUUAAUAAUUAUUUUUACUUUUAGUAACUUAGACUCAGUUUUGCCAAAACUCCUAACUUUUUUGAGGAUUGAAUGCCUUAUCACCAAAGGAGAUUACACAAAUUGAGACAAAAAUUUCUUGGAAUUCAUUAUUCUGGCAAUGAAUUUAGAAUAGCUUGACAGAGCAAUUUAGAUUCCYGGAUUCCUAUAGAACUUCCUAAAACCCGAGGUUCUUUUUCCCUUCACUUUCUCUCCUUAAGAAAUUAAAUGACAGUCUGUAUAGCAUGACAGAUGUGUCUCAUUCCGCAAGAAAAAAAUAAAAGAGAUGGAUCAUGGCCCAGACUUUCUUACUUGAUACCAACAGUUCUGUAGGUAUUAGAGAAGAGUUCUAAGGUUUCUAAACCUUAACUUUCCCAUAAGGGUURAAGCCAGUAUUUUAACAGAAUGUGAUUAAUACAGGUGGCAAAUUUAAAUUUUCAGUCUUCACUAUAAACCUUUUAAAGGAAAAGAAGCAAACUAAAAAAGUAUUGGUUUGGAUGAAUACUUUGCUAAGUCAAACAAAUGGCUUAAUUCUUGAAAACAAUAUAUAUUCCUAUUUAAGUGAGGUUUUUUUUUCUUUGUUUUGCUUUAUAUUAAGAACAAAAGAAAUUGUUAUCUGCUUAUUGUUCUGGUGUACUGUAUUUUUAAGCCUAAGGUAGGGGCACUGUUGCAACUUCUGCUUUCAUCCCAUGCCUCAGCAAUGAGGAAAGGGGACAAAAUUCAUAAAAUUGCCACAUUUGUAUUUUAAUUUUGGGGUGUGAUAUUUUUAGAUGUUGUAAUUUCUAACCUUUUCUCUUGGUAAAGAGAUUAUAUGAUCAUGCAGAUACAAUUUAAGUAUUUGAGUUUAGUUAUUUUUUAUACUUUUUGCCAACUGACUUAAUGUUGCUGUCAUAUGGAAAUUUAAAGCACUUUUGCACAUUUAGUUCAGUGUUUGUUGAGAAUCCAUGGCUUAACUCAAUUUUUUUUUUACUAUAUUUCUUCUUUCCUUUUAAUUUUCCCUAUCUGGUUUUUAUCUCUGUGUCUCAGUGACCUAUCUUAAAACAAUACACCAAAAUCGCUUAAACUUUGUUCAUUUUUUUAAUGAUCAAUUUAUGUGCAUAAAGAUGAACUGUUUAUAGUGCAACUGAUCUUCUUGUAUAUUACUGUUCUAUUUGCUUCUUUAUUGGUGCAAGUAGGUCACUGACACCACAUCUCAUCUAUACUGCCCCUUAUAAAACCUUUGAAGACAGUGAAUAAUACUGUCUGAAAUGUUCUGUCCACCAAUCUGUAUGUCCUUUCAGUGUCAAGUGUUUCUGCAUGGUAAUGUCACAUAAGGCUGAUGCUGAUUUCAGUUGGUUCACCUAUAUUUAAAUGUGCAAGUAAAAUUUGAAACACUUUGCCAUAGCAAGUUUUAUGUAACAAAGAUAUAUCAUCAUGUUAAUAGAUUUAAAACAUCAUUUGUAUAAAAUAUUUUAAUUAAUUUUUUUUUUGUAUUUCAUUUAGAACCAAGAACAUGCUGGUCAUUGCAUUCUAUAUAUAUAUGCUACAAAUUCUAUGGUAGCUUUGUUGUAUAUUAUUGUAAAAUUAUUUCAAUAAAUCAUGGGGAUGAUGCUUUGAUUAUUACAAUUUAGUUUUCAGUAAUCGAAAAAUUUCUAUAAAUUCAAAAAAUAUUUUUUUCUAUGAAAUUACUAGUGUCCAACUAUAGAAUCUACCCAAGUAGACGACCCCUAGGUGUACAUUGGUUUCUGAGGGCUAUUCUGCCAUUCCAUUUUACUAUUUGAAAAAUAUGAGCAAACUGUCAAAUGUCAUGGGAGUCUAUUUCUGAUCAAUCAAGUACACUAAAUUAAAAUAUUUUUAAAGUAUAUGAAGUUCUCAGUUUCAGCCACAGUAUAGCCAAGAACAAGAUUAAAAACUUGAAUUUUAAAAAGUGGCAAAAAAUAGUAAUAAUCUCAAAUUACAUUAUGUGAAACAGUUAUGUUUUUGCCCAAUAAAUAAUUGAGAUAGCAUUGUAUGGGAAGGAGUCCUAGAGUGAAGGUCAAGACAUCCGAGUUUAAAGCCAGAAAACUAUCAGAAUGACCCUGGCUUCCAUUCUCCUACCUGUAGAAUAGAAGGAUUAGAUUAGGCAUUUUCUGAGGUCCCUUCUAACUUUCCUGUGUUAUGACAAGAUUUUCCCUCUUCUCUUCUCUUCUCUUCUCUUCUCUUCUCUUCUCUUCUCUUCUCUUCUCUUCCCUUCUCUCUCCUCUCUCUAUCUCUUGUUUUCUGAUAUUUUGAAGGGAUAUCAUGCUUUCAAAUAAGUCUCAGUCAUGUGAUGUACUUUUGGGCAUCUUUCUUCUUAUCUCUGACAGUGUUCUUACAAUUAUUUGAAUAUCUUGAGAACCUUGUGUAUGUCCUGAUUCCUUACUCAUUCACUGAUGCUAAAUACACAGUUGCUAUCAAACUGUCAACCUACCAAAAAAAAAAAAAAAAUACUGUGGCUUUUGGGUAUCGCUGUCUUGUUCUUGGUAUGUUCUUGUACUGACUGCCCACUGGCCUGGAAAUAUUCAUUUUAGGCCUGGAAAAAAUCAUUUUUCUUUCCCACUAAUUGUUUUUUCUGCUUGUGUAAGAAUCAAAUGAAAUAAUGUGUGUGAAAGCACCUUGUAAACUGUAAGCUAUCAAUGUAAAAUGUAAAAGUGUAUUGUUACUUCAUUAAUUACUUCUUUGUUUAGAAUGGAAUUUCCUGUCACUACCAUAGCUAGGAAAUGCUGAAAACAACCGUGUUUUUUAAUUAAUCAAUAAC